AUGCCUGUUUUCUAUGAUGAGUGCCUUCCUACCGAUGACUAUACCGGUAAUCUUACUAAUGAAACUGACUUUUGUGAGCUUGGUGAGCAACAGGAGUACUUCAUCAAACUGUUCCAGACGUGCGUUUUCUGCCUGAUUUUUUUACUGGGAGUUUUGGGAAACUGUCUGGUGAUAGCCACCUUUGCUCUCUACCGCCGCCUGCGCCUCCGUUCCAUGACCGACGUCUUUCUGUUCCACCUGGCACUGGCCGAUCUCCUCCUGCUCCUCACGCUCCCGUUGCAGGCAGCCGACACUCACAAGGGUUGGAUCUUCCCCGUCGCACUCUGCAAAAUUCUGCGUGCAUGUUAUGCCAUCAACACAUACAGCGGGCUGCUGCUGCUCGCCUGCAUCAGCGUUGACCGCUACAUGGUUGUGGCACGAGCCCAAGAGAUGCUACGGCUGCGCAGUCGGAUACUAACAGCAGGGAAGGUUGCUGCUGUAAUUGUCUGGAUUGUUGCCGUUUUACUUAGCCUGCCUGAAAUCAUUUUCUCUGGGGUUUCUGAGUUCGGUGAGGAAAAAUUUUGUGCCAUGCAAACAAGCGGGUAUGUCAAGAUGGUCCCCAGUGGGGCCAUUAUUUCUGUUUUCUGUGUGUCCUUCUUCAUUAUGGUGAUAUGCUAUACUUCCAUAGGCGUAGUUCUUUGGGAAGGCCACGUGCAUCGCCGUGGGAAGCAGUGGCAUCGGCAGCGUACCCUAAAGUUAAUGGUUGCUCUGGUGCUGGUUUUCGUCAUUUUCCAGCUGCCAUACACAGUAGUGCUGUGUCUCAAAAUAGCUAGGCCAUACUGUGGUCUGAUGACAGAGUACAUCACCUGUACUCUGGCAUACACACGCUGUUGCCUCAACCCCAUGCUCUAUGCACUGGUUGGUGUACGUUUUCGUAAAGAUGUAGUGCAGCUUUUGCAUGAUUCCGGCUGUCCAUGUGGGUUUCAGCUUAGGCUGCACAGUGUCCACUCUACAUCCAUUUCCGCCUCCUCUCCUGGUCUCACUGUACUCUCAGUUUGUUCCCCAACGUCACCUGAUACAUAUUCCACUAGUGAUGGAUUAAAGUUUCAGUUUCCAGCAAGUAAGUAAAGUCAAAUGUAUACAGUAAGAUAAGUGACUUUGCUUUAAAUUUUUCAGCUUUUCCAAUCAAUUUUCAUAAAACAUUGGUCUAAAUAGCAUUAGAACUUUAUCUCAGUUUCUGCAAUUGGUUCAUAAGAAGUAACUUUAAACAUCUGUUGCAGAUCUGUUACUCUGCAAUCUUCAGAGUAACACAUUAAUCACGCUGUGUCAUCAAAGAAGCUUGUAUGAAAGCCACUGAAAUU